GGGGAAAUAAAAUAUUGUCCUUACUAGUGAUAACUUCAAUGCAAAUUAAAAUCAAUACCAUUUUACCUAUAAAAAUGAAUAAUAUUCAAGGUUGGCGAAGAUGUUGGGAGAUAGUUACUCUUCUACUUUAUUGAAGGUGGGUGUAGAUUCUUACAGUGUUUUAGAGGCUACUUGAUAGCACCUAUCAAAAUUUAAAUUUGAUUCAAAAUUAAAGUAAAUUAUGCUAGAAUUCUUACCCUUAAGAUUAUGUUUACACAAUCAUAUGUAUUGUAGCACUGUUCAUAGUAGCAAAAUAAGUGGGAACAACCUAAAUGUCAUUAGGGACUAGUUAAAUAUAUCAUGGCACAUAAAAGCAAUUGAAUAUUCAGGAUAUCUAUUAUGUGCACCUGUAGAAAGAUGCCUGUGAUAUUUUGCUGAAUGAAAAGGCAACCUGCUGAGCAAAUGUGUGAUAUCAUUUGUGAAGAAAUGUGUUAUUUUAUGAGUGUGUACAUGAGGGUGCAUGUUUCCAAAUGCACAGGAAAAAAGUCCAGGAGGACAAAUCAAACUCUUCUCACUGGAGAGUAGGAUUGGAGAGAGAAUUGAGAAGAACUUUCAUACUUGAUAUAUUUGGUUUUUUUUAAAUGAUGAGCAUGAUCAUUUCAAUGAUGAGCACUUCUGAUGAAAAAAAUCAAUUAUAAAGGAAACAAAAAGGAAAACCUAAGAUGCCACACCCCCUAGGACAAGGUCCCAUACCAGACUCUACCCACUGGCGGUUGGAAGUCUCAUCAGAAAUCCUCCUUGGACACACUAGUAACACAACCUUUUCUUUAAAUUUUAAAAAAGAAUAAAAAGGAUUAUAUUUUGAAGAGGGAAUCUUGUUGCCCCAAUUCCUGCCUUUUCUUGUGGCAGAAGGAAUUCCAUGUCACUCUCCAGAAUGGAUCAGUGCAGGUAGACAUGAUCACUUCUGAUCCCUUUCCUUUCCCCACAGGGAGAAAUAAUUUGUUUCCUCGUUAAAAUUGGGGUAAAUGACCAUGGCACACGUUUCUGUUCAUUCUUCAUCUUUCAGACCCAGCCUGCCUGCUAGCUGUGAACACCCCCCUUACCUUCACGUGUCCCAUGGCAAGUGCCCUGUCCCUGUGAGAGGCAAGGGCAAGAUGGAGGGAGAAGCCCUGUUGAGCUGCUUGGCCAUGAACAGGCUCGGGGAACAGGAAGCUUGCCUUGACCUCAGUGAUUGUCUUAAGACUCCCUCCCUAGAGGUCUCAUCAAAUAACCAGGAAAGAUCAACCAACAGAGAAGAGACUGGAAUCAUCACCUGCCCUGAAAGACUUUGCAUCUGUUCUUCUAAGGUCAGCUCCAAGAGAUUACCUGGGGGACUUUGUAUAAAAACUAAGACAACCUGUGUUCCUGUGCAGCUUCAUCCCUCACCUUCCCCUAAGUGUCGAGAAGCAGUAGUUAGUCCACAAGCACCAGUGAAAUUACUGAACAAAAUUAAGAUGGAUACAGCACUCUAAAACACCCAUUUGAAUGCAUAGGAAAUCAACUACUCUCUCAAGGUAAUUAAAAGCUGAGUCCACAGAAGCUCAGCUCUGCCUAUGCCGGCUGUCUCUCC